UCGAAUGCUAACUGCGGUAGUUCAGUGCGGGAUCCGUUGCAGGGCAAGAUUUCUGGUGCGAAGAUACGUCGGAGUAACACCGUAUCAGUGAUCGUUUAUCUCGCGGUCUCCUCCACUCGCGUGUUAAACAUGCCAACUUGGCAAUGUUGCGAAAGGAUCCUCUUUGCAAAUUUCGAGGGUAGUACAUGAAUUCACGAUCAGCUACUGUCUGCGAUCAUGAGUUGAGGAUGCUACAGCUCACUUGUUGUGGAGUGUAAACGUGCGGGCGCAGAUUGCUUGAUACGUAAGCCACUUCUGUUCACGUUGGCAUUGAUUUUCGUUGUACCCGACUAGGAACUCGGUCUCGCCCCCAUCCAGGGAGUUCCUACAGCGCGGCCUCCAACCCAGGCAGUUAUGUCGAUCGAUCAUGGAUCUGAAAGUUUUAUUUUAAAAUUGGCCUCGCAUUGCAGUGCAGUCUCCGGGCUGCAGGCCUAAAGCGCACCGUGAUUUCCAACUUUUUGCAUCAAGAAACGGCCUCCUCGGUUCCAGGCCACGAAGAACAGAUUUGCCCGAUGCAACCCUGAGAACAUUGUCACGUUCAGUUCUAAUGUUGACGCCAACGUGCGACCUCAAACUUUGGAUCCAGCACUGUUAGGAAUCGUUGGCAGCGAGACGGUAGAGCAAACCAUGCUUGUGAAGAGCGGAAGUCGAAUCCAUGGAAGAAACUCCGGAUGCGGAGUAUUUGGCAAGAACCAUAGGACAGCCACUGAGUCUGGCAGUGGCUGAAGUGUGCAUCGUGCAACCCGCAGAUCCCAUCGAGUGGCUCAGCGCAUGGCUGUACAAGUACGUCGACAGCGCCGAGUGGCUGAAAGCCUACAAACGAGAGCAGUGGGAGAAGUCUUCUCUGGACGGGCAGAGCAAGCGACAAGUGUUGAUCCAAGCGCAGAAGGAGUCGGAGCAGAAUGGCUUGCGAAUCUCUUCGUGCAACUACUUGUCUACCCUGAAAGACGACCCCUUUAAUCUUUGGAAGAACGCCAUCAAAGCCGUCACGACCUUCACGGGUGCCAGCGCUGUGUACAUCGCAGCUGUUGUGGAGCCAGUUUGGGAACCAAAGCCUCAGAAGGAAGAAGGUGAAGAUGAAGAGGAAGCUGAGUCCGAGCCCACUGAAUCCGAAGGUGAGGAAGGUGAGGAGCGAGAUGAGGAUGAGGACAAGGCUUACGACAGCGAGGAAGAAGAGAGAAUAGCUGAGGAGGAACGCAAAGCUGAAGAAGAAGCAGAGGCUGAGGCAGCAGCAGCUGCUGCGGAAGCGGCAGAGGAGGCGGCUGCUGCUGCAGCAGAAGCAUCAACAGAAAGUGGAACCGAAGGUGAAACAGAUGGAGAAACUGAAGUCAGCACAGAUGAGGCCAGCACAGAGGCCGAGUCUGAGAAAUCAGACAAAUCUGCAUCGAUUGAAGGAGAAACUUCUGCCGAAGGUGCCGAUGCCGAGAAACCUCCGGAGAAGCCUCCGAAGCCUCCCAGACCCAUCAAUUAUAAGAAAUUCAUCUGCAAGUACAUGGCAGCUUCACCUAACAACAUCUUCAUGUGCAAUAAGGAAAUGAAGAGAAAGAUGGGUCCUCUGACUUUCGGUGUAAUGGAGAAAGGAUUGCCUGAGCUUCACGUCCCAAACGUUUUAUACAGAAAAGGCAUUUACUUUUUUGGAGGCCUUCCAAGACUUGGUGCUUAUUAUGUUGCUCCUAUAACCCUGCCUGGAACCAUGACCUAUCCACCACGGGUGGUAGGACUCCUUUGUGCAGAUACACUGAAAUUCGAGACUUCAGGAUCUGGUGACCCCUUUAAACCAACGGAGACAGCUUUCAUGCAAAAUGUUGCCAAGGCACUGGCUCAUGCCAUGAAUCAAGAUCUUCUGGAGGGCACCCAGGACAUAGACACGAUUACCCCACCUCUUAUUGAGAAAAUCAAGACCAAGUUCAAGGAGAUCAAGGUGGCCCAUAGACAGGCUGUGAAGAAGGCUGCUAAAGAGCUGCUCCUAGCACAGAAAGCCAAGGCAAAAGAGGAAAGAGAGAAAGAGAAACAAAAGAUCAAAGACGCAAAAGCCGAAGCGAAGAAAAAGAGAGAGGAAGAGAGGGAAGCCAGAAAGAAGGAAAGGGAAGCGAAGAGAAAAGAAAGGCAAGAUGCUGGUGAGGAAUUGGAAGAAGAAGAGGAGGAAGAAGAGGAACCGGAAGAAGAAGAGGAAGAAGAAGUUUCGGAGCCAGAGGAGGAAGAAGCAUCCGAAGAGACCGAGGGCACGGAGGAAGGAGAAACCGGCAGUGAGGUAACAGGGAGCGAUACGGGCACUGAAGGCGACACGGAGACAGAGACCGACGGAGAGACAGAGGUAGGGACAGAAGGAGAAGAAGAGGAGAAAGAGGAAGAGCCUGAGGAGCCCGAAUCAGACCCAGAAGAUUGGGGCGAGGAACCACAAGAAGAGGGGGAGGAAGGAGAGGAUGAAGAAGCUGGAGACACAGAAACCGCCGAAACGGAGGAGACCGACGCUGAAGAAACUGAAGGCGAAGAAACGGAAGGCGAAGAAACCGAGGAUGAAGAGACAGAUGCAGAAACUGAGGCCUCAGAGACAGACGGCGAGGGAACCGAUGCCUCUGAGACAUCAGGAGAAGAAACAGAGGGAACAGCUUCCGAGGGUGAGGAAGAGGCAAAAGUUGUCGAUCCUGAGGUCGAGAAGAAGAAAGCUGAAAAGAAAGCUAAGGCAGAGGCAAAGAAAUUGGUGGUCAAGGAGAGAAAGAGAUUGGCCAAGGAGGGUGCCAAGAAGAUAAAGGACAAGGAGAAAGAAAUUGCCAAGCUUGAGAGGGCGCUACAGAAGGCAGAGGAUGCUCUGAAGGAAACGAAUGUGCUGAUGACCAAGCUUGAGAUUUCUAUGGCAAAGGGCGAUGCUAUUGUCAAGCAUCAUCAGCUGCUAGUUUCUACCGUCAUGGACCAUAUGCUUGAACUUAAGGACAAGGAGCUCAAGCGAAUAAAAUGCACUCCAUUUCCUAGGCGAAGAAUGUUUAGAGUUCUCAAGGCUUUACUAUACAUUUUGGGUCACAAGAAAUACGUUGUUGAUGACUGGAUAGGUGCAAGGGUCCUCGUAAACGCAGAUUUUGUCAACGCACUUAAGUCGUAUGAUGCAUUCAAACCAGCGGAUCCUGUCAAAUGGAAAGCCGCAGAAUCUUAUAUCGAAGGUUUAACAGGAAAGAAGCUGAUGAAAGAAGCACCCUUUGCCUAUCUCGGACUGAAAUGGCUGCUCCGACUGAAGAAACUAUCAACAGCGUGUGCCCACUUUACUGCCAUCAAGACGAAGUUCGAGGCACAAUCUAAGGCUAUGGCGGCAGCCGAUCUGGCCAGGAUCAUGUGUCAAGUCCAUCUAAAUGUAGUGAAGGGUGAACUGAAGAAAAUGACGGAUGUCGAGAAAGUGAGACUAGAAAAGGUUGCAGCAGAAGAAGCAGAAGAAGCUAAGCUCAAGGCCAUAGAAGAUGCAGAAGAAGCCGCAAGAGUUGAAGCAGAAGAAGCAGCAAGAGCUGCAGCAGAAGAAGCAGCUUCAGCAGCUGCUGAGACUUCAGAAGCAGAGACUUCAGAGGGAGGUGAGACAGAAGGAGACGAGACCGAGACGGAAACGGAGGCGGAGGAAGAGUAGAAGUAUCAUAUCAUCCAAGGUCAUGACCGUACCACUCAAAUAUUCUCUGUGAGAAAGGCGAAAUCUCUUCGAUAAUUUCAAGACCACCACGGUUGUUGUCACUCAUAAUGAUGAUGUUGUGGUCAGCCUUCAUCUGCGACCAUGUACAAGAAUAAACGCAUUCGUGGGUACUUUGAAUGGUGGUCAAAACUAUGCAGAAAGAGUGUGAUGCAUUGGUUGCUCCUUGUGGAUUCCGAGCAUUAACUGAACUAAAUUGCUCAUCAUUGCUGUACACCGUCAGGAACGCAAGCCGACAAGCUGUGACAAGGGAAGAGGCCAACAUUUUGUAUGAAAUUGAUAGUUAUCUUGGUUGUCGGCACAAUAUUAGAUAUGUGGGUUCUCAUGAUAGUUACCGUUAGGUAGGACUGUGAGGAUUCUUUCAAAGUAUUGUCCUUUGUAGUCUAUCUAAUUUAGAGAUUUGUGUAUUCAGGUCUAAAUCUGAAACUUUAGUGUUUUCUCAUAGAUAGUACUUUUCGUGCAACUCGGAAUUAGCUAGACGGAUGUUGGGCCAAUGUUUGCGGCUUGUUUUGAAGUCUAGAGCCUUCAAAUUUUGAGUUUCUCACUACAUGGAUUUGCUUUGAUUAUUGAUGGACUUCUUCUGGUUUUAUAAAACAUGCCUUGUCUUCUGUCAAUCA